AUGUCUCCUCGAUCCAGGGGUGCACGGCGCGUCGCUGAUAUUUUCGCAUCUCCGCCAAUCCACCACGUCUGUCCUUCAUGUCUACAGACUCUAUCGAAACGGACCUAUGCGUCUGCAGCAACCGCCAAAGCCAGCCUUGAAUCGCAGUCUCCGUCUAUCACCCAACUGUCCUCGUCAGGGCCUGAAGCGUCCCUGUCGCCACAACCACUUUACACAAUCAAAGCCGGGAUUGUCCUUUCUCGCCCGCCCCUGAUCACGCCAGACCCUCACCCCUUCGAAACCGCCUUUCAUCUCUAUCAACGUCGUCUGAACGAACGCCUCGUGUUACCUUUCACGCAGUACUUCUACUACCGCCGCAACACGCCCGCAUUUGAACAUUGGCGCAAACACCGCCGCGAGCGAGGCGGCGCCGCAACGCGCGACAUCGGGAAGUAUAACGCGUACAGUCCGGACGCGUGGAAUGAUGAAGUCCUGGUCGACGAUGAGACCGGGAAGCCGGAGAAGAUUUUAGAGCAGCUCGUCUCCGAAGAGGGCAGAGCUGAUGAGUUCACUGGGAAAGGGGACCCCAGGUUUGCAGGCCUAAGAAGGCAUACGGAGGCGGAUGAGAAGAACGAUCAGAGGAGCCUUGAGAGGAGGCUGCAGAGGACAUUGUACCUGUUGGUCAAGUUAAAGAACAAGGGCGGGCAAGCAAAAGAGAAGGCGGCGGAUGAGAACAGUGAAACAUGGUUAUGGAAGUUUCCCUCUGGGCCGGUUGUUGGUUUUGAAGGAUUGAAAGAGGCCGCGCAACGCAUUCUCUUCAGCUCACUAGGCCCUAACAUGAACACCUUUUUUGUUGGCAACCACCCUGUUGGCCACUACUCGACACCCCUCAAGCAAGACCUUGCCGCAACACAGACCAUAGUCGACGGUGAAAAAACAUUCUUCAUGAAAGCGCGGAUCAUGGCUGGCCAAGCCGACGAUAAAAAGGGUGUCUUCGUAGAUAUGGGACUGGAUGAGAUUGAAGAUUUCAAAUGGUUGAGUAAAGAUGAGGUGGAGGAGCAUGUGCAUCCAGAUUAUUGGGUGAGGGUGAAGAACAUGCUUGUUGCACAGUAA